GAUGCACGUCUGUGACUUAUAAAAGACCUAACAUAUCAAGCACACGGACAGUGUUGCCUAUUCACUUACGAAGUCCAGUUGUCGCACAUCAGUUAGCACACAUUCAACAUGGCCAAGUUUGUGCUUUACAUCGUAGCUGCCCUGCUAGUUUUCCAGGUCACUUUGGCCAGACCCAAAGCUAAGCAAGCGGAACAAUCCCAGAUCGACGAACUGGCCGCUAAUGCGCAAAAGGUCGUGAAAGAUGUAAGCACCGCUGUACAAGGCAACAUCCCUGACUCGAAACAAGUCAUCGAGAACUUGGAGAAAAACAGCCAACAACUCGCCACCAAAGUACAAAGCGUUGUUGACGAUAUCAACAAGCAGAUCCGGGAACACCAAGGCGACAUAGACAACGUUUUGAAACAAGUGAAGGAGACUCUCACCACGACCGCCACCAAGCUGCAGACUGCGAUUGGACCGGAGGCUACGAACAAAGCCAAGGAGCUGAAGACCAACCUAGACGAAGGCCUGGAAAAAGCAAUCGCCGAAGCCAAACGCUUGGCUAAGGCGGCAGAACCUGAAGCAACUCAAUUGAAGAACGACUUGACCAAUGCCGCCAAGGGCUUGCUAGAUCAGGUGGUGGAGGUCAGCAAGAACAUCAAAGAGCAGCUGGACAAAUCGCUCACAGAGAAGAAAAAUUAAAUUCGUGGUGAUAUUGUAUUACGUGCAUUUUUGCACUGACUGAUAACUAGUUAUGGUAACUUGUGUAAUUAAAUUUUUCAAUAAAGGUUUUUAUAACACCCAAGAUGAGCAUUAAAUGUUGACGAUAAAUUUGUCUUUCUGUACCUUCUGGACUUCUCAUUUCAUAUGUGUACUUAGGUUUAUUCUACUAUUGAAGAAGUGUGGUCACUUUUUUAUGAUAUUCAUAUAAAAAAAAUCGAACUAAUGGAAUGUAUAUUUCUGAGAGUGUUAGUUGAUUUAAAAUUUUUCAAAAUUUUAAAUUUAAUGGUUUGAAACUACUUUAACUUAUUCUAUGAGUUCUGCCUUACAAUACCAAUACUAGAUACCAUAGGUUAUUUUUUCAACACAUACAUUUUACCAAUCUUCUGGACCCACGCAUUAGGAAUCCAGAAGAUUUGUAAAUAGUGAGUCCGCGUUUAUCAUGUAUAGCUUAAUACAAUUAAUUUAUUUUUCUCUCUUCUUUUACUUAUUGUUAAUCACAUUAACCGAUGAUUUAAUGGGUUUUUUGCUGUGUCGUAAUGUUUAUUGUUUAAAAUCAGUUUGCUACUUUGAUAAAUCAAUAGAUUAUGUUUUAUUUUUAUUUAUUUACUUUUUACCUUCCAAAAACACUACAACAUAUAAAUACAUACAUACACAUAGUGGAUAUGACGACAACUGCUGCGAACAUAUUUCAAAAUAACAAGGGCUCAUCACUAAUAAAACCCAGGAACUCUUUUAAGAAUUCUUAAAGUAUAGAUUUUUUAACUCUAAGAAAUCCUGGUCAUAAUUCACUGUCAAGUUCAUAGUGUCAAAUAUAUUUAAAUAAUGUACUAUUAAAUUUAUGCAAACGCAAGUUGUUGAAAAGUUAUAAAAUAAAAACGUACUUUCAAAAUUGUCAUUAAGAGCAAAAUAGAACGGACACCAUGAGAGCACAAAGAUUGUUAAUUAAAAAAUAUUUUUUAAACUCAUUUUUUUUUCAUUUCAGCGAACCGUCUCUUACACAAAAAUAUUUUUAAUUUUUAACUUUUUUAGCAAGUCUACUCUUUUACGUCCCAGCACAAAAAUUGACUGUCCAACAAAAUAUAUAAAAAAAAGCCUUUUCCCACGUUGAUUUUGAGCAAAUUGAUGAACACCCGUUUGUAGGAGCACCUAACGAUCAGUUCCUAAUGAAACAAACCCACCACGUAAUUUUUU